GGUUUUUCGCAUUAAACUGCUUCAACCAAAAAAAAAAAAGAGUAGUAGAUAUCUACCAUAGUUUUUUUCUAAAAAAUCUAGUUUUAAAGCGUGCGCGUGUGUAAAAUAUUAGUUAAAAAAUUAUGUAAAAACCGCAACUUAGUGUAAAUUAUAUGCAUUUGUGUGAAUUUGCCAGUGCUAACGUGGAAAAAAGGCGACGUGAAAAAGCAGCAGCAGGCAGGAAGAAGCAGCAGCAAAAAGUCGUCAACACAGAGGCACGGUUACGGGCACGGGGAGCAGGACCAACAUGCCGUACGAGUCGAUGCAUCAUCAUCAUCAUCAGUCGACGGCGGCCGCUGCUGUGGCCGCCAGUGUAGCUCCCAAUAGCAUGCUCGACUCGCUCAGUCUGCAGCUGCGCGAUGCGGAAAUGCGACGCACGGAAAUUGAACGUGCGCAUCAAGAAACUUUGGCACAAAUAUGCAAUCUAAGCAGCAGCGCACGGCCCGAUGAGGAAGCGGUGGAGAAUUUACAAUCCCGCGCACGUGAGCUCAAGAAGAAGGUAGCACUGGAGAAUGUGCACUGCGAGGAGUUGCAAAUCGAACUAACUGCCGCACUAAAGGCUAAAGCAGCGCGCUCAGCGGCCAACGCCGGCUCCGUCCCAAGCGGCAUGGCGGGCCUGGCAACCAGCAGUGCCACCUCCGCAUCCGCCUGCGCCAACAUACCGACCUCGGCCAGCAGUUCCACCGUCACAUGGGCACCGACAAUCAGUCACCAGGACCAAGGCUCGGAGAUUGACAUCAUAAUGGCAAAAAUUGAACAGGAUAACCGUGUGCUGGCUGAGCUGGAGCAGCCGCGGACAUCAGCCGCCGGAAUGUCAGCGUUGCCACCCAGUUCCAUGUUGAGCAGCGGAAAUAGCGAAUUUAGAACCAUAUCAAAGAGCGAGCUCGAGGAAGAACUGAAUCGUUAUAAAAGAGCAGUACUGGGCGGCGCUAGCGGCACCCCGGGGCUCUCCUCCGGCUACUCGAGUCUGCCGCAAUCGCUCGCCUCCACGCUACCGAAUGGCGCCAGCACCAGCCUGAGCGGCACUAGCGUUGGCUCACAGAGCGGCGCCGCCGCCACUGUCGGUGCUGGUGGCCUUACAUCCAUAUCGGCCCUGGUGCCCAACUCAAUCAGCGGCAUAUCCUCGAGUCUGAGCAGUCACGCCAUACAAUCACUGAACACCGCCGCAGCCGCUUCGGCAUACGGUGCCGCGCAGACUUCCGUUGAGAAGCUGCUGAGCGGAACUAGUGGAAUCACUGGCAUUCCACCAUUGCCGGUAAAUAUUCACACGAUGAAGGCUAUGCCAUCAGCAUUAAGUCAGAGCACAACCAUGCCCCUCCUGUCACUGAACUCGCAUAACAUGCCGACCGGCUCGAGUAGUUACUCGGCUCUGGGUUUGAGCGGAGGCGGAGCCGUCGGCGCGCUGGGCACAUCGCUGACACAUCCCACCAUGGGCAACAUGCUCGAUACGAGCACGCUUCUGGGCACAGCCGGUCUGGGUGGCCUGGGGGCUGCCGGUGGCGUCACAGCAGCCACCUCUCUUUAUGGUCUGAGUGCGGGUGGUGCCGGUCUUCCCAGCUCGUAUCCGCCACCCUUUCUCGACGUCGCCUCCAGCGCCUCGUAUCCCUUCACGUCGGCCGCUCUCCGCAACGCGUCCAAAAUGAAGAUGCUGGAUGAGAUUGACAUACCACUAACGCGUUAUGGCAAUCGCAGCUCACCCUGCUCGCCUAUACCGCCGAGCGCCUGGGGCCUAGACGAGUUCACCGACGGACUGAGCGCCUCAAUGAUGCACAACCGCAGCGGACUGGCCCUGGGCGCUUUAGAUUUGGACACACGCAAUCACAAUCUGAAUGGUGCUAGUGAGCCCCAGGUGGACAUGCUAGACAUACCCGGAAAGGGUCGUUGUUGCGUGUUCAUCGCGCGAUUCCCCUACGAUCCCCCUGAAGAGGCUGAGGGCGAGCUAUCGCUUUGUGCUGGGGAUUAUCUGCUGGUGUGGACUAGUGGUGAACCACAGGGCGGUUACCUGGAUGCAGAGCUAUUGGAUGGACGUCGUGGUCUGGUACCCGCAUCCUUUGUGCAGCGUUUAGUGGGUGAUGAUCUGCUGGAGUUCCACCAGGCUGUUUUGUCGACGCUACGCGAUGCCGAGGACGGCUCCAUGCAAUGCGAUACUACGUCGUUGCCCUCUUUGCCGCCGCACAACCCAUUGCUCACACACACACAUGAGGAUCUGGCACGUUUAAGUGAGACGCACACUGACUUGGAGCACGACCAGGAUGACAUCAGUGAUAAUGUUCCAGCUCCAAAGCACUUGACGCUGGAGCGGCAGCUGAACAAGAGCGUGCUCAUUGGCUGGUCUCCUCCGGAACCAGUUGGCUACAAUCUAAUCGACAGCUAUCACGUCUAUGUGGAUGGCGUGCUCAAGGUCACUGUGAAGGCCAACGAACGCACACGCGCGCUCAUCGAAGGCGUCGAUUCCACGCGGCCGCAUCGCAUAAGUGUGCGCAGCGUGACCCAAAAUCGCCAGACAUCGCGUGACGCCGCCUGCACCAUGAUCAUUGGUCGUGACACAUCACAUUUGGGCCCGUCGGCGGUGCGCGCCUCACACAUAACGUGUUCAUCGGCGGUCAUCUCUUGGCUGCCGGCCAAUUCCAAUCACCAGCACGUGGUGUGUGUGAACAAUGUGGAGGUGCGCACCGUCAAGCCGGGCAUGUAUAGGCACACCAUCACCGGGCUGGCGCCGAGCACACAAUAUCGUGUGACUGUGCGUGCCAAGCAUCUGCGCGCCGUCGGUCAGCAUCCACCUACGACACCUGGUCGGCCCGGCCAGGAGGAGGCACCAGGCGCCUAUGCCGAUUUCCGCACGCUGACCAAGGGUCUGCCCGAUCCGCCACAGGACAUCCAACUUGAGGCUGGACCUCAAGAUGGUACCAUUCUGGUGACAUGGCAGCCGGUUAACAGGCCUACGGCAACGGGGCCUGUAACCGGCUACGCUGUGUACGCCGAUGGUAAGAAAGUGACGGAUUUCAACUCGCCAACGGGCGAUCAUGCACUGAUCGACAUUGGCAAACUGGGCGUCUUCAAUCCGCGAGCGGUCACCAUUCGCACCAAAUCAAGAGAUUCACAGUCGGCCGACAGUGCGCCCAUCUUAAUACCAAACACUGUGCGCAAUGCUGUCGCCCGCAGGGGACCAAAUCAAAUGGCCAUGGGUCCGCAGCUUCCACAAGGACCGCAUGGCAUGCCAGUGCAGCAACAAAUGCAAGGUAUGCAGGGGCAGCCGGGAAUGCCUGGACAGCCGCAGCAGCCGCACAUGAUGGGCCAGGAUCACACACAAUACGAUCCCAAUCAGAUGCAACAGCAGCAGGGAAUGCAGCCUGGCCAACAGCCCGGUCAACCGGGUCAUCAGCCCGACGCCAGCUCCGGCUUAUUAGGUGGCCUGCUCGGGGGCCUCUUCUCGAAACCCACACAGAGUCAAGUGAACCAGAAUGGCUAUCAGCCAGGAGCAACGCAACGCGGCAUGGUGCCCGGACGACCGCAGGGGCCGCAGCAGCAACAACAACAACCGUAUGGAGCACAGGGCGCGAUGGGCGGGCCACGUUUUCGCGGACCCGUGCCUGGCCAGAUGCAAGGUCAGAUGCAGGGUCAGCAAAUGCCCGGCCAAAUGCAGGGGCAGCUGCAGGGCCAGCAAAUGGCGGGCCAAAUGCAGGGUCAGAUGCAGGGGCAGAUGUCUGGGCAAAUGCCUGGCCAGAUGUCGAACCAAAUGAUGGGGCCUGGUGCCAUGGGUCCACGAGGUCCGCUCAACCAACAGCAGCAGCAGCAGCAGCAGCAACAACAGCAGCAACAACAACAACAAAUGCAACAACAGGGUCAACUGCUGCCGGGUCAGCAGACGGCGCAGCAGCACCAGCAAAUGGCCGGCGCACAAAAGAAACCGCGCUACUUUGUGGCCAUGUUCGACUACGAUCCAACCACAAUGAGUCCUAAUCCAGAUGGGUGCGACGAAGAACUGCCAUUUCAAGAGGGUGAUACUAUUAAGGUUUUCGGUGAUAAGGACGCGGAUGGCUUCUACUGGGGCGAGCUGCGUGGCCGUCGUGGUUAUGUGCCGCACAACAUGGUGACCGAAGUGGAGGACAGCACCAGCCAAAUGGGUGGACAAAUGCCUGGCACUAUGCAGGGGGCGGGCGGCACCGCACAAGUAAUGCCCGGUCAGGGCGGCACUCAGCAGAGCAUGCGAAAUGUCAGCCGGGAUCGUUGGGGCGACAUCUAUGCGAACAUGCCGGUGAAGCGGAUGAUAGCGCUCUACGACUACGAUCCUCAAGAAUUAAGUCCGAAUGUGGAUGCCGAGCAGGUGGAACUGUGCUUCAAAACGGGCGAAAUCAUACUCGUUUAUGGUGAUAUGGAUGAAGAUGGUUUCUACAUGGGCGAACUGGACGGCGUGCGCGGUCUGGUGCCGUCGAACUUCCUGGCUGAUGCGCCCGAUCAGUAUAACAACCAAAUGGGGCCUGGCGGCGCUGGGCGCGGUGGCCUAAGUCAGCGGGGCAGGGGUCAGGGACCCGGCGCGAGAGGACCACCGCCGCCGCCGCGAGAUAACAUGAUGCCCGGUGUGGCCGGGCAACGCGGUCCACAAGGCAAAAAUGCUCGCCCUGCUUCCCCUACACUGUUAGACAACACGGGCCACCCUGCCCCCGAUCACCAAACGCAGGGGAUGAUCGGUCGCGUUGGUAAUGUUGGAAUGGUAGGAAUGCAACAGCAACUACAGCAACAACAACAGCAACCGUAUGGUCAGCAACAGACACAAAUGGGACAGCAGCAGCAGCAACAAACACAACAACAGCAAAUGGGCAUGGGACAAAGUGGAAUGAUGGGAAUGGGCCAACAGCCACAACAGCAACAAAUGGGCAUGAUGGCGCAAACGCCACAACAGCAGCAGCAGCAGCAGCAACAACAACAUCAACAGCAAAUGGGUCAACAAAUGGGUCAAAUGGGACAAAUCGGAGGCCCAAUGGGCAGUCAAAUGGGCGGCAUGGGAAUGGGACAAAUGGGUAUGGGAGGUGCGCAACAACAACAACAACAACCGCCAGUGACGACGCAGGCGCAAACGGGCGGUCUAUUCUCCGGCGCGACUAGUUUACUUUCUGGUGCUACUUCGGCUGCCACCGGUGGUCUAUUUGGUUCGAAGCAACCACCGAAAACGGAUCCAAUGCAACCACCUGGUGGUGUGCAGCCAACGCAGCAACAAGCGAACGCCUUUGGUGCCCAGCAAAUGCAGCCCGGCAUGGGUAUGCAGCCGCAAAUGCAGCAACAAGCACAGCAACAGCAACAACAACAAGUGCCACCCCAAGCGCAGCCCCCGCCCCAGGGUCAGGGGCCGGGCGCCGGCCUGCUAGGCGGCCUCAAGGGCAUAGCGGCAGCGGCGCCCGGCGGCGAUGUACUCUCGAAAGGCAAAGAUCUCUUUGGCAAAUUCGGGUUUGGCUUUGGCAAAUAACCCCGGUCAUUCCAUAGGGUCCUGUUAUAUUAUUCGUAGAUUAGACUAUGAUUAUUACUAUUAUGACUAUUAUUAUUGCUAUUGAUUACUUAAGCUAAUAUAUACAUAUACAGAGGAAGUAAAACCGAAAAGAAAAACAAAAACAAAAAAGAAAAAGAAAAACUAAAACUAAAACCAAUCCCCCCAGUCAAGUGCGGGCUAAUGUGAAGUGAAUAAUGUUGUUGAUAUGGUUAUAUUACGAUGAUGAUGACGAUGAUAAUGGAUGCAACUAAUAGUACUAAUGAUAAUAUUUUUUAUUAAUUAAAUUGAUAGAAAUAUUACAGAUAAUUUAAAAAGGGAGCGCUGCAGACGAAAACAUCAACAACAACAAGAACAACAAGAACAGCCACAGCAAUACAAACAACAAACCUAAGCCGAAACAAAAGCCAUUUGUUGUUGUUAAAUUAUUGAACAUUGAGCAAAUCAAUUGCAACCUCUGACUAACUUGUUAGCAAAGCAAAUGAUAAAACUAAACACUAAACUAAUUAAAAGCAAAAACGCAAUAAAAAUCUUAGAAGGCAGGCGGCAAGUGAAGGGCGCAACAAACUAGGCGGAAAGGCUCCAUUGGAACUCUUCGCAUAUACAUACAUACAUACAUACAUAUAGUAUAUAUAUUUACACACACAAACACGCAGAAACACACAGACAGACCACAUUAACACACACACAAUAUAUACAAACAUACAUAUACCCACAUAAAAGAACAUAAAUUAUAAAUAAACUUUAUUGAGGCAAAUGAUUAAGAUAAAGACAAAUAUAUUAUAUACAUUAUAUUUACAAUUAUUUGUUAACGCACAUUGUUAAAUUUGCUACUGUUGCUGACCAGUUUAUAAAUAAAAAAAUUUAAAAAUAAAAACAACAACAAAAUAAUGAAAAUACCAAAAACUUAAAGUGAAAACAAAAC